AUGACCAGUGAGGAACAGACGAUGUUGGAGGGUAUUGUGAGUCGUGCACUGGAAGUAAUGAAAAUAGUACCAUCGCCAUUACUCAUUUCUACCAAGAAGUAUAUUGAGGAGGCACUCAUUGUCGGACAGGAUUCUGCAUCAUACAGACUUGUGGAGCUGAUCGAUUCACAGCAGAACAAAAAAUUGUCUCGUUUUGGCCUAGUUGGGAAGGGUGGAGUCGGUAAGACUCUACUGCUCAAAAGAGUCUUCAACAGCGAACACAUACAGAGUCUCUUUUGCAAUGACUUGAUGCUUUGGCUUACUGUUUCACAAAAUCCAUCUUUCAGUGCUCUCAGAAACGAACUUGUCAAACAAAUAGUUCUUCAAAUAAAUGAAAAAUUGGGCAGUACAGAGGAAGACCACGUGAAAACUUGGUUGAAUGAAUGCAUGAGAAAACACAAAUUUGCUCUGUUUUUAGACGAUGUUUGGGAAACAAGCACAAUCUUGUUAGAGGAGCUGUGUGUGCCUCUGUUUCCACUCCACAAGUCCAACAUCAUCAUUGCCACUUCGAGAGCUACUAGUAUGCUCUCACGGCUGGGUGUUCCGAAUUCAUCACUCAUCCAAAUGCAAGAUUUGACAGAAGACGACAGUUGGAGUUUGUUUUCUUUCCAUGCUUUUCCACACAACGAAGGAAUCUUGCCCAGGAGCAUUAACGAAGAAACAGCGAGGGGUGUCUGCAAGGAGUGUGGGGGGCUUCCGUUAGCCCUCAAAGUAAUCGGGAAUGCAAUGGCAGGCACCAUUCAUUCAAAUGAAUGGGAAUUCGCACUCCAUAGGUUGCAGAACGAUGUUACACAAUCGCUUUCAAGCACGCUUUCGAACAGGUUGAGAAUAAGCUACGAUGCUUUGGCGGAUGUGGCCGACUGUGGCAUUUCCUUGCAGUUGUGCUUCCUCUCCCUUGCUGCUUUCUCAGAAGAUGAAGUAAUUAGUACUGCAGUUACAACAUUGUACUGGAUUGGAGAAGGGUUGGUGGUGGGGACGAAUCCUCUUCAAAUUGGAGAGAUAUACGUCAAUUGGUUAGCAGACCGAUGCCUUAUUGAACCACUCCAGAAGGAUUACGAUGGAAGGGUAAUAUUUUUCAGGGUGCAUGAUGUUUUGUAUGAUUUAGCACAUCAAAUUGCUGAAAAGGAAGGAAAUUGCUUCUUUCAGGCAGGCAGAGGUUUAUCUGAGAUUCCAGCUGAUGAUUAUUCAGGACACAUUAGAAUUUCGUUGAUGCAUAACAGUUUGACUAGCGUUGGAACGGCAUUCAGAGCUCCCAAUAUCCGCUCCUUUCUACUUGCUUGGAAUCAUUCUUUGACAGAAAUUCCAAAAGGGGUGAUCGGGAGUAUGACCGUUCUCAGGGUCCUCGAUUUGUCACGGACUGGCGUGCAGUCGUUGCCAGAAAACAUGGAUUGUUUAAAGUAUUUAGUUUGCCUGCGGUUACAUUCUGUGCCAAUCAAGAGACUGCCCAACUCCGUUGGUGCUCUCAAAAACCUUGAAGUAUUAGAUCUUUUUCGAUCUGAUAUUACAGAACUCCCGGAUGGCAUUUCUAUGUUGACUUCCCUAAAACUUUUGGACAUUGGUUUAUGUAAACAUCUGCACUACAUGCCUUUUGGGGUCUCACACCUUACGUCCCUGGAGUACCUGGCUGCACACGGUUCCUCAAAUAUAGGGUGGAAGAAGUGUGGAGAAAAUUGGCUUUCAAUUGCUGAUUUGGGCACAUUACACAGACUCAAAAGGUUGGGGCUUGAAAAUAACGGUGAAAUAAUUCAAGAAGGAAUGCUGGGAAGCAUGAAGCAGAUGGAGUCUCUAUAUUUGCUUCUAACAGAUAUGGAAAGGCUACCGCAAGACAUAACUUCCAUGUCAAAAUUGAAAAAAAUCUGGUUAGUGUGUCCUCAGUUGCUCCAGCUAGAAAACUCAUUUUGUGUAUUUCAACAUCUGGGCUCCAUUAGCAUUUAUAAUUGCCACAUGCUGAAACAACUACCUUCUUUGCACAGACUUCCCAGUUUAAAGCACCUAAACAUAGUUAAGUGCCCCAACAUAGAGAAGUUCCCAGAGGAAUUUGGCAGGGUGGAAGGAUUUCCUAAGCUUGAGAUAUUUUCAUUAUUAGAAGUAGGGAAGAUAGAGCAGCUGCCAAUAGCGGAAGAAGGAGCACUGCCUGCACUCAAAGUAUUGACAAUAAUGAAGUGUGAGGCAUUGCAAAGGUUACCACAAUGUUAUUGGAAUUUGAAGAGUAUAGAGAAGAUAAGAGUGUAUGGUUGCUCAAAGGUUCUAUUUGUCAUGGCAGAGGAGGAAAAAAUUAUCAAGACAAAGAUCAAGGUGCAAACAAUAACAUUGUCUAUCAUAGAAACACAAGUAUUAGAGGAGCGCUUUUUUAAUCUGGUUUGUGGGGGUAUUUAUUUUCCUUAUGGAGAAUUUUGGCAUAAUGAAAUGUUUCAGUUUUUGGAUGACGUUAAUGGAUUUUAUUUGUUUUGA